CUGAGGAUCGUAUUUUUGUUCCUGUGUCAACCAAAAGAAGAAAAGAAGAGCAGUUAGUGAGACCCAGUUAAGUUCCCAUCUUAAGACCGUUUUUUUUUUUUAAAGAUUACGGAAAGGUCUCCCCACACCUGACACCAGCCAGACAUUCACCACCUUAGCAGGGCCCCGUUUGAAGAUGAACUCCAAUGUGGAGAAUUUGCCUCCUCAGGUUCUUCGCUUGGUCUAUAAAGAAGUUUCAGCUUUAGCAGCAGACCCGCCCGAGGGCAUCAAGAUUUAUCCCAGUGACGAAGACAUAACUGAGCUACAUACAGCCAUCGAAGGACCGGAGGGAACUCCGUUCGCUGGUGGCGUUUUCCGAAUGCGUCUGGUCCUCGGGAAGGACUUCCCUGCGGUUCCACCCAAGGGGUAUUUCCUGACCAAGAUUUUUCACCCCAAUGUGGGUCACAAGGGAGAGAUCUGUGUCAACGUGCUGAAGAGGGACUGGAAGGCAGAGCUCGGCCUCAGACAUGUCUUACUUACAAUCAAGUGUCUUCUCAUCCAUCCGAAUCCAGAGUCGGCUCUGAACGAAGAGGCCGGCCGUUUGCUGUUAGAGGACUAUGCAGAAUACGAGUCCCGCGCUCGCCUGCUCACAGAGAUCCACGCCAUGGGCGGGUCCUCUGGGGAACCUCAGGACCCUAAUGACGGCCCACAGCCGAAGAAGCACGCGGGCGACCCCAUGAAGAGAGCGGGGCCCAGUGCGGCAGCGGUGCCAGCGGCUCUGGGUAACGGGGCCAAUGGAGCCAGUACCACCAGCAGCAAUAGCAACAGUAGUAGUAGCACUAAUGUAGCAGGGAAAAAGAAAGCCGAUAAAAAGCGUGCAUUGAGGCGACUUUAAUACCUCCACGGAAUUCUCAGUGUGCGUGUGUACGUUUGUGAGCGAGAGAGUGUGUAAAUAUAAAUAUUGGAAGUGUGCUGACAAUGUUUUUGUUCCCUUUUUUUUUUUUUUUUUUUUUUUUUUUUUUUUUUUCUGACUCUUUCUACCACCUAUCCAGACUGUCUACUUUGUACUCACACCUUAACUUCUGUUUUGCCUGCAGUUUCUCCUGUCGGCAUAACAUGUUUGUUAAUUAUUCCCAUACCCGAACACGCGAUGAUGAAAUGUUUCUUCCUCUUUUUAAAGGAAAGACAACACCUGCACUGCGGAGAUCAUGCCAUCCGCUGUAUGUUUGCUCUGGGCCUAUAGUGUGAAUCAGUAAGACAGGGAAUGGGAUUCACAUGACCUCUAAUGUCUGUCCAUUAAUAAUGAGACAUAACUGCUAUUGUGUCGGGCUUGGUAUCGGCUCUCUUUAAAGUGUUUCCUGGUCAAUGCUGCUGUGAUGGUACUGUGUACUGCUCAGCCAGGCUCACUCGUGAGUCCACGCCAGGACGUUACUUUAAUCAAAGUCAGGUCUUCAAAUUAAACACAGAAAUAAUGGAUAGAAGUUGCUAAACAAUUGUGCAAGAAGUCGGUGGGUUCACUAUUGGGAUAGAAAUAUUGUAAAUGUCACACAAAAUUGUAACAUCUUUUUAAAUAGUAUUUUUCAUAAUGUAAUCUGAAUGACGUAACGGUAAAGAGCUGGCAGUGGAGUAUAAGAGGUCUGUUAUGUUUUUCAUGGAAUCUCAAACCCUUUUUAACGUUUUUUUUGUUUUUUUUCUAAAACUGUUUCACUGUUCAGUAUUUACAAAAGUUGUUUAUAAUUGACAUGUUCAUAUUCACCUGUCUUGUGGUUGUGUGUGAAGACCUAGAUCAGUGACUGAGGGAACAGGGUAGUUUGCAAGAAUACUUGAUUAAAAAUGAAUUAUCUAA